CGAGAGCUGAGCAGUGAGCAAUAGUUCACUAGAUGUGGGAUACAGAGUGGGAUCUGCAGCAGAACAAGAUCAGAUAGCAGAUAUACCAAGAAAGUGUGAGACUGUCGACUGCCCAUGACUCUAAAAUAAGCUUUGAGGAAGUGAUUUUUUGAUUGGAUUGGACCCUUCAGGCCAUGUGAGCCCUAGCCGGACAUUUAAUUUGCCUGUGAUCAAGUCGUGGUGCUAUUUUGAGGGUCCAAAUUAUGACUUCAGUGCCUCACUAAAAUCACUCGAUCAAGCAGUAACUUUGGAGGACUUGACAGUAAGAGUAAGUGCUCUCCGCAUUGACUGGAGAAAGUGAUGUGCUAAAACUAGUAGACAUAGACAUGAUGGUAGUCUGCGGCCAUUUAAUUUUGUGCCUCAGGAGAAUAGAGUGGUUCUACCCAUAACAGAAGAGAGGAGUUGAAGAGAGCCCGAGAAGAAACAUGCAGCAGUUUGGCUAAAAGACAGGAAGAAAAGGAAAGCUGUAAAUCAACAUUUAUUGGGAACACUUGCACACAAGGAAACAACUUUUGUGGCACACCUCUCCACUCCAGUUUUGAACAGAGCUGUGCACUUCCUGUGAGCCUGGUCAGUUUUGUAUGAGCUGGGCUGAUAGUGUGAAGCUACGUGGCUGUGCCCCACUGAGGCAUGAGUGUGGGAAGGGCCCACCACCACAGCUUCGUGUCCUCUGAAGAAGUAGGCCUGAGGCUAAAUACCAUGCCUGCUGUGGGUAGCUUCGGAAAUGGCAAGAUUCACACAAGACGCAAAUACCACAGCCGAUUUGUCAGCAAGGCUGGCCAGUGCAACAUCCAUUUCUCAAACAUGGAUGAGAAGUCCCAGCGGUACAUAUCUGACAUUUUCACAACGUGUGUGGACAUCCGCUGGCGAUACAUGUUCCUGCUAUUUAGCCUGGUGUUUGUGGUGUCCUGGCUAACAUUUGGCCUGGCAUUCUGGGUCAUUGGCCUCCUACACGGUGAUAUGGAUCACCCCGAAGAGGAUGACAGUUUUGUUCCUUGUGUCAUUAAGGUCAACACAUUUGUGGCAGCUUUCCUGUUCUCUGUUGAGACCCAGACAACCAUUGGAUAUGGAGCUCGUUGUGUGACAGAGGAAUGUCCGGUUGCUGUCUUCAUGGUGGUCUUUCAGUCCAUCAUGGGCUGCAUCAUCGACGCCUUCAUGAUUGGUGCCAUCAUGGCCAAGAUGGCACGGCCCAAGAAGCGAGCAGAGACUCUACUGUUCAGCCACAACGCAGUCAUCGCUAUGCGUGAUGGAAAGCUGUGCCUCAUGUUUAGGGUUGCUAAUCUAAGGAAGAGCCACAUUGUAGAAGCUCAUGUGAGAGCCCAGCUCGUCAAGCCCCGUUACACAGAGGAAGGUGAAUAUAUCCCCCUGGAUCAGCUUGACAUGAACGUAGGCUAUGACAAAGGCACGGACCGCCUGUUUCUGGUUGCACCCCUCACUGUCAUACAUGAGAUUGAUGAAGAAAGUCCACUGUUUGGCAUCAGUAAGCAAGAUCUUGAAACGUCUGACUUUGAGAUAGUAAUUAUACUUGAGGGGUUGGUGGAGGCCACAGCCAUGACGACGCAGGCACGCAGCUCUUACCUGCCCUCAGAGAUCCUGUGGGGUCACCGCUUUGAGCCUGUAAUCUUUGAGGAGAAAAGCCAGUACAGGAUAGAUUACGCCUACUUUCACAAAACAUUCGAAGUACCAUCCACCCCCAGGUGCAGCGCCAAGGACAUGGAGGAGAGAAAAUUCCCAACAUCUGGCGCCAACUCCUUCUGCUAUGAGAACGAGCUGGCCUUCAUCAGCAGAGAUGAGGAGGAGGAGGGAGAUGAGGAGAAAGACAAAAAGUGUUCAUCGGAGCUAGUAAACGAGCAAGCCACUCCUGGACAUGAACAAAUUUCCUCCCGUAAAGAAUCAGAGAUUUAACCUUUGGCUGUUGCUUGUUUUGAUUGUUUUUGGAUGCAGAGCAAUGCAAGAGCCCUGUGACUGUCAUUCUACUGACACGAGGACGCCACUACAGACAUUUCUGCUGCAGAUGGAGUAAGAGCAGUACUGAUCUCCAUCGUACAAGCAAGGAUGCAACUCACCACAUUUCUCUUUGGAUUCACUUUUUUGCUUCCCUGAGAUGGUUAUGGAGCUUUAUCAAAUGCAAGCAAAACUCUUUCGAUUUGCAGAUGAUGCUAGUAAUAAAAUGCAUGACAGCAGCAUUUUCUAUGAAUAUUUUGAGAAAUGUUUCAUAGUUUUAUCUAUAGGCGCUGUUCACAGUCCUCAAAUAUACCAUUUACAGCUGAGUUGAAUUGUUCAACAGUGAACAAUAAGACUAAAUACUCACACUCACACUUAUAUUUAUACAAUGUCAGUUGAUGACUUGGUUAGUUGACUGGACUGCAUGGGAAACACACGACAAGUUAGUUAUAAAGAUUUCAUCACAAAAAGGGAAAACUCACUUGAUGGUGCAUCAGAUGUCAUUUAUGCAUACUAAAAGGGGAAACUAAUCAUCUGUCUUUAUAUUUCAGCCAGUGAGAAACAUUUGACCUGAGUAGAAGUUAAGAAGAGCCUAUGUAGUUUCUUUCCCUAAAGUUUACCAGAAACAUCUGCUUUUAUGUGCAUUUUCAAUCACAACCAACAUAAAAAAACUCUUCUUCUCUUCUUCUUCUUGUCUGAGGUGAAACAGAGCCAGAAGGAGUCUCUAACCCAGUGUGAGUCAAUUCUUGUGCACAAGCUGUGCAGCCCCUUUCCUCAUACAUGCUCUCAGUCAAGCUCAAAAUCUUCAACGUGGCUUCAAAGGUUUUGCAAACACAAUGUCUGAGAAACAACCAACAAUGAAAAAACUGCCCAUCCCUCCUUUUCCAACAACAGCCUAUAGUAAAAAACCUGUGUCUGAACGUAUCAUGGAUCCGCACAGAGCUUCGGGCUCAUUGUGUUCGAUGCCAUGGCGCUUGUAUCAAUGAGUGGCAAAGAGGCAUGAUGACAAACAGUGGGGAAUAACCUUUGAGAGGUGGUAGUGGAGUACUAACCUCUCAUCCUGCUGUUAGACAUUGUUGCAGCUGCCUCUGAAGCCUGGGGCGCUCUGCCCUGGGUGCUGGAGGGGCAUCUUUGAGAAGAUGACCCGAAGCAAGAGGGAUCAGGGUCUUUGCGAGACUCUUGCCAUGGAGAACAAGCCCUACGUGGAAUGUGGUUUUGCAGGGCAACUGGGUCCUUUGGAGGGAGGGGCUUAGUGGAGUGUUACGAACAGCAGAGAGAGAAGCAGAAGGUUUUGCAUUGUAUGUUCAGUUGUUACUGACUGCAGCUUUAACAGACAUAGCAAAUAAAUCAUGUACAUGAAACAUGUCAAUUAAACACGAUGCUUCUGCUCCACUCAGGACUAAAAAAGUGGCAGAU